CUACCACUUUUUCCUUUAUCAUUGUUUUCUUUCAAAUUUGGCUUCAAAGAAGAAAAAAGAUAAUUGAUCAUAAUCGGUUUAGAUCUGGAAAUCGGGUUUUAUUUAAUUAAUGAUGACGUAUUCGGAUUCUGAAUCGUCUCAUGGUGGCGGAAAAGAAUACAAGGUGUUUCGUCAGUUUAGCCGCGAUCGACUAUUGUAUGAAAUGCUAGGAGAGUCAACAUCAGGAGAAGGCUCAAAAUCGUCUUGGAAGGUACUGAUAAUGGAUAAAGUGACGGUCAAAGUCAUGUCGCAUUCAUGUAAAAUGGCAGAUAUUACAGAUCAAGGAGUUUCCCUGGUGGAAGACAUUUUCAGGAGAAGGCAGCCAUUACCAUCCAUGGAUGUUAUAUAUUUCAUCCAACCAACAAAAGAAAAUAUUGUCAUGUUCUUAUCUGAUAUGUCUGGAAGGGAGCCUUUAUACAAGAAGGCAUUUGUAUUCUUCAGUUCACCUGUUUCAAAGGAUUUUAUUAACAAUAUCAAAAGCGACAUUAGUGUGUUACCUCGCAUAGGUGCAUUGAGAGAGAUGAAUUUGGAGUACUUUCCUGUAGAUAGUCAGGCCUUCAUCACUGAUCAUGAUUCAGCCUUGGUGGAACUCUAUAGUGAAGAGGCAGAGAACUCUCCGUAUUUUGAAAUUUGUUUGUACACAAUGGCAUCUCGACUUGCCACAGUUUUUGCCUCGAUGAAGGAGUUUCCAUAUGUUCGAUAUCGUGCUCCCAGGGAACAAGAUGGAUCUCCAGCAGCAACCCGCAGUUUAAUUCCUUUUAAGCUUGCUGAGAUUCUUUGGAAAUGUCUUGAAAAGUACAAAUCUAUUCCUAACUAUCCUCAGACUGAAACCUGCGACCUGCUCAUCUUGGAUAGAUCUGUUGAUCAGAUCGCUCCUGUGAUACAUGAAUGGACAUAUGAUGCGAUGUGCCAUGAUUUACUUAAUAUGGAUGGAAACAAAUAUGUAGUAGAGCUUCCUGGAAAACAUGGUGGCCCUCCUGUGGAAAAAGAGGUCAUUCUUGAUGAUAAUGAUCCAGUUUGGCUUGAGCUUCGUCAUGCACACAUAGCAGAUGCUAGUGAGCGCUUGCAUGAUAAGAUGACCACCUUUAAAUCAAAGAACAAGGCUGCAAACAUUAAUAGAGAUGGUGAAUUAUCUACACGAGAAUUGCAGAAAAUUGUGCAAGCUUUGCCACAAUAUAAUGAAACAGUUGAAAAGCUCACUCUGCAUGUGGAGAUCGCCGGAACAAUCAACGAAUGUAUCAGGGAUAUGAGACUUCGUGAUCUCGGGCAACUAGAACAGGAUCUUGUUUUUGGAGAUGCUGCAGCCAAGGAUGUCAUCAACCUUCUGAGGUCAUUGCAGGAUGCAUCUACUGAGAAUAAAUUGCGUCUGCUGAUGAUUUAUGCAAUUGUGUAUCCAGAGAAAUUCGAGGGCGAUAAAGCUACAAAGCUAAUGCAGUUGGCUAAACUAACACCAGAAGACAUGAAAGCUAUUAACAAUAUGAAAUAUCUUGGAGGAAGUCCACAAAGUAAGAAGUCAAGCUCUGGUUUCUCACUCAAGUUUGAUGGCGGUCAAAAGACAAAACAUGCUGCAAGGAAAGACCGAACAGGAGAGGAAGAAGAAACUUGGCAACUGUUUCGAUUUUAUCCUAUGUUAGAGGAGCUUCUUGAAAACCUUAACAAAGGUCAGCUGCCAAAGGAUGAAUAUGCAUGUAUGAAUGAACCAGCAAAGGAUUCAAAAUCCCAAAGAUCGACAAAUUCAACUGCACCUAACGGUAGAAGGCCCGCUCAUUCAAUGAGAUCAAGAAGAACACCAGCGUGGGCACGAGGUCACUGUUCUGAUGAUGGAUAUUCCAGUGAUUCAGUUCUGAAGAAUGUGGUUCCCGAUUUCAGAAGGAUGGGGCAACGAAUUUUUGUGUUCAUCAUCGGUGGGGCAACUCGAUCCGAGCUAAGAGCAUGUCACAAGCUAACAGCAAAGUUGAGGAGGGAAGUUAUCUUAGGUUCUACUAGUUUCGAAGAUCCUCCACAAUAUAUUUCGAAACUGCAGUUGCUGUCAGAAAAGGAUAUCCUCAAAACUCCCCCGAAACCCCACAAUUGGUCCUAGCCAGUUGAAGAUUACUAUUACCUCAUUGUGGAGCUGAUAUAACCCUGCCAUUUUCAAUUGAGCAGUUUUACCUUACUCUGUGUAGUUAAAAAGCAGUGCAAUUUAAGAUAUUUAAAACAAGGCCUAUGUACAGUCAUCGAGUCUUGUAGUUGUUCAUCUUCAUUAUCGUUGUUAAAAAGGCAAUUUUGUCACGGUUUUUUGAGUAGACAUUUGUAUGCCCCAGGCCAAGACCACUUUGAAUUUAGUCA